UGAGGUUUGUAGUCUGGAUGGUAGCCAGAUCACAUAGUUUGUCACUGCUUUCGAAUCGAUUAAACGGAUUGGCAGCGAAAGAGAUCGAAUGGGAUGGACCGUAGGUGUUUUUAUAUCCAGCGAUACACUAUCCCUGACUAAGUGAGAAUGAAAAUAAGAAAUGAAAAGGAAAAUUUAAAAAAAUCUUAAAAAAUCACAUGCGCCGAGCUGGCAGGGGUAAGAUGUGUGCUAAAUUUACUCACAUACACACACGCACGCAUACACACAUUUCAUCCGGCGCCGGCGUAGUAGAGCGUCGCCGGAUGGGCGCGCGCACUAUCGGCCGUGUACCAGCAGUGAAACUGGCGGUGAGCAUGUCGUCAUUCAGUCUUCGGCGUUGUUCCAGGAAAGAAUGGUUCAACAUGUUACCGCUCUACCAAUUGGAGGUGCUGAACAGCCUCAUCAUAGUCUCUUCAAAGAUACGGGGGUUAGUGACAGUGGGACAACAACACCGACUUCCAACGGAGACGACGGUAGCCGAAGCCGAAGCAAUAGCGAUGACGCAACCAGCUCCAAUCCGAGGAAUGACGGCUUGGAGCGGAACGUGUCAACGCCGAAUGACGCUCUUCACCUCGAGAGACGGGUGGGACUCGUCAGUGGGGUGGCUUUAAUCGUUGGCACCAUGAUUGGCUCGGGUAUUUUCGUCUCGCCGUCGACCCUUCUGGUGAAAACCAAGUCGCCUGGUCUCUUCCUGGUCAUCUGGGCUGCUUGCGGUCUGCUCUCUACCCUCGGAGCCCUAUGCUACGCCGAAUUGGGUACCCUCAUCCCGAAAAGCGGUGGCGAAUAUAUUUACUUUAAAGAAGCGUUUGACUCACCUCGUCACCGCUUUUGGGGUCCCGUCAUGGCUUUCCUCUACGCCUGGGUUUCGGUGAUCCUGCUCAGGACGUCGUCCAUGGCCAUCAUUGCCUUAGCCUUUGCUGAAUACUCUAUCGCUCCGCUGAUGGAUACGUUGAAUUUUUGCUGGCCAGAUGAUAACCGAUACACUUUGACUCGUUUGGCUGCCGCACUCUGCAUUUGCCUGAUAACUUUUAUCAACUGUUUCAGUGUUAAGCUGGCUACCAAAGUACAGAAUAUCUUUACGGCGGCCAAGUUGGUGGCGAUCGCUAUCAUCAUUGCCGGUGGUCUUUACAUGAUCGGCAUUGGCAAUACUCAGUACCUGAGCCAAGGAUUUGAAGGUUCUACCACUUCUUUCGGUGACAUUGCUACUGCUUUCUACAGUGGCCUCUGGGCGUAUGACGGAUGGAACAACCUGAACUACGUUACUGAAGAACUCAAGAAUCCUUUUGUGAAUCUUCCGCGAUCCAUCAUGAUAGGAAUCCCGCUCACUACUGCGUGCUAUGUCUUGGUCAACGUGGCUUACCUGGCCGUCUUGUCUCCGACUGAAAUGAUGGAAUCCGAAGCCGUCGCUGUGACUUUCGGCACUCGGGCGCUGGGGGCUUUAGCUUGGCUGAUGCCGCUAGCCGUGUGCAUCAGUUGUUUCGGCAGUGCCAAUGGAACGCUCUUCGUUGGUGGAAGGUUGUGCUACGUGGCGAGUCGUGAAGGACAUUUGGUUGACGUUCUUUCCUACGUCCACAUCCGACGAUUGACUCCCUCUCCAGCACUUCUUUUCAAUAGCGCCGUGGCACUUAUGAUGAUCAUCCCUGGCGAUAUCGCCAGUUUGAUUGAUUUUUUCAGUUUCACGGCAUGGAUUUUCUACGGAGCCGCUAUGCUUGCACUUAUCGUCAUGAGGUUCACCAAAAAAGACGCCCCGAGGCCUUACAAGGUACCGAUUAUCAUUCCGGUUAUCGUGCUAAUCAUUUCCGUUUACCUGGUCAUCGGGCCAAUUGUGGACAAUCCGAAAAUCGAGUAUUUAUACGCCACUUUGUUCAUCUUGGCUGGGUUCUUACUUUACGUACCUUUCGUCUAUUACAAGAAAGUUCUGCCCGGAAUGAGUUACAUUACAACAUUUCUGCAACUCCUGUUGGAAGUAGCUCCAUCAACAGCCAUGGCAGAGGACUAACGUUACAAACAGUCACCAUGGCGAUCAAAUAAGAGAUGACAACCGAAAAAUUUCCGUAUUUAUGGUCUAGCACUAUAGGCGGUGAACUAUUACGUGUACAUUAUUGUUACUCCGAUCAUGUGUUAUAAAACCUUGUGUUGGUACGAUGAUUGCCAUGCAAUCUACAUAUAAAAAAAUGGUUGUCUUUCCCUCCUCUUCAGUCAUCCUUUUUCAUAAAUGGUUUUGUCCUGAAACAAUGAGCUCGAGGAGUUCUUAUAAUUCAAUCGAAAUUUUACCAAAAGACACAAAGUUUGUAUUGUUGAUUUAGAGCAAUGUUUUUUUUCUUCGUCUUUCCCCCUCCAACACAAUCAAGUACUAUUCUAGAUUUUAAUCUCCCAAAAUGGCGAGAAAAAUUAUUUUAAAACAGGGAUUCGUUCAUCAUAGACUUUUUUUUUUGAAUUUUUUUAUCACGCAGCUUCCAUGUACUUAAAAUCGAAGCCACUGAAAUGUAAACUUAAUCACUCAGUGACUGUGAAUUUUGUACAGCAUGCAUACCGAAGAAUAAAAUACACAAGUGCCAAUCA